AUGGUUCCAAAAUCUGCUAACUUGAUAUCCGAUAUUGGCCUGACCAUGAACCCUGAUUGUGCAGGUGGACUGGUUCCUGCUGGGCUCCCCUACAUCUCCCUAAGGGGAAUUGAGGACACGCGUUCAAGAGUUGUCAGGGCGAUAAAUCCCUCCUGGUGGAACCACAACGGACUAAUUGGAUCAGUUCAGUUUGUUUAUCCAGUCGGAGCCAGCUGUCUUACUUCACCUCGUACUCCACGAACUUCUUGA